AUGAAAGUGGUUUCAGCAAUGGAUUUCGUUUCGUUUCUAUUUUGUGUUGUAAGUUUUUCAACAUUAUUUAUUCAUUCGGUGUACUCCUCUUGUUCAACGUGCCUAUCGAGUGGUCAAUGCCGUCCCCCAGACUGCUUCUGUUGCAGAGGAGAGCUUGGACUUGACAUACGGCUAUCUGAAGUCCCGCAAAUAGUUUUCUUUACAUUCGAUGACGCAUUGACGGACAGGGCGGCUGAAUUUUACAAUAGACUUUUCAAUAAUUCUCGUUUAAAUCCUAACGGUUGUCCUAUCUCCAUGACAAUGUUUAUUUCACACACUGAUACUCAGUAUAAUCACGUUACUGAGUUUCAUCGACGUGGGAUGGAGAUAGCAGCACAUAGCGUGACGCAUAAUCACAUGAAUCAAGAAAACUUUUAUACAGAAGCCAAAAAACAAAAACAGAAUUUGGCUAAGUACGGGAAAUUACCCGAGAGUGACAUAGUGGGUUGGAGAAGUCCAUUUCUUGAACCAAUAGGAGAUCUACAACCAGAACAAUUAAAGCAAUUAGGUUAUAUGUACGACGCAACGUUAACCUUCAGUAAACGGAAGUUGAAUGAUUCAGCUCCCACCCCGUUUACUUUGGAUUUCGGAUGGCCAUAUGAUUGCAAGGUUAAACCGUGCCCACGUGGUCGUCAUCAUGGAUUCUGGGAAGUCCCGGUGGUGUCUUUAUUGGAUUAUUUACAUAGGUACGAUUGUGUUUAUGUUGAUGGGUGCAUGAAUAUACCACCAAACGAGGACUUGGCGUAUAAAUUUCUAAUGGAUAAUUUUAAUAGUUAUUAUGAAAGAGAAAAAAUUCCGUUUGGAAUCAAUAUGCAUCCUUCGUGGUUUUACACACCUGAUCGUCUAAACGCCAUGGAUAGGUUUAUUACUGAACUUGUUUCCAGACCGGAUGUGUUUAUUUUAUCAGUAAGAAAAACUCUUGAAUGGCUAAAAGACCCCACGCCACUUUCAAGGAUAAACUCCUUUCAACCUUGGCAAUGCAAAUCUAGAGCUGAACGUUUUAAUGCGCCAGUAGCGCAUCAGCAAUUUAGACCAAUGUCAGCCCGUUCUUUUGUUCCUCCACCUCCUCCUCAGUUCCAAAGCUCUCGUCAAAGCAUUCAGUCAAGACAACCUCAAAAUGAAAUUAGAUUUUCAACUCAGCAGCUUAUGGAACAGCAAAGAAAGGAACUUCGGCGACAAAAUGCCCUGGCAAGAAAAUUAGAGGCAGAAAGACGGGCUUAUAAUGCCAAUGCACAGUGGUCAGGAAGAGCACGUUCACCCCAUAUGCCAGGUACUUCCCUUAUACAAUCCUCAGACAUAGAAGGACCACCAAAGAUACCUAGUACACUGAAACCAAAUGGUGAUUCUGAGAUUCUGUCUCAUGCGUUCGGUCAGGUAUUCUGGCGGCACACACAAGGAGAGAAUGCUGCUGCCAACCAGGAUCUACCUAGCCGCCGCCAUUCAAAAAAAUGGGGGCGUACUAGAAUUCAGACGGCACGGCAGCGCAGACCAGUCAAUAAGACACCAAAAUUUGAAUUUCAAUACAAAAUCCCGACAGAGUCAGGUAGAAACAUUCAGGGACAAAGAAAUUCCAAUCGAACGAUAUCGCGGUCUCAACUCGACAGACAGCUUGGUAUUCGUAAAACAGCAAAUACUCAGAGAUUGAAUAGACCUAGCUCAAAUUUGUUAGUAAGAAAUGAAAUAAAUGUGGGGGAAAGUGUUGUAAAAUCACCUCCUCGUGUGGUAAACAACCAACAACCUCUACCAAAACCUACAACUAUGUCCAUCUACGAAAAAAUGGAACAACAAAUUCUGUAUGAACAAAAGUUGAAAAAACAGCAGGAACAAUUGAAAUUAGAGAGACAAAUGCGUAAACCAGAAACAUUAAAUAUUGAUGAAGUUCAGCAAAGAAAAUUAGAAGAACAAAUGAAAUUAGAAGUAGAAAGAAAAAAACAAAAUGAAUUAGAAAUGAGAAAUAGAGAACGAAAGAGUCGACAGGAAUAUCUUCAAAAACAAAGAGAAAGAAGAAGACAAAGACUUAUAGAGCUGAGAAACAGGAGAAACAAUAGAAAACCCGUUCAAACACAGGUGUCCAACACGGGGUCAAGAAUAGGGGUGUCACCCCGUCGGUCGGGGGCGUUAUCGCCUCGGAAUUCUGCAUCAGACUCAAGGUCCCAGAGAGGAUCCAAAUCUCUUUCACGUACAGCGGGGAGGAACCAUCUUGAAAAUCAGUUAGAGAAUCAAUGGAGCCGAUUAAUCGAUCUUCUAAUGGGUACUGCUCAUUAG